CAUUUUUUCUUACAGUAGUAGGCUUUGGACCUGACGGAUAUAGAAUAUCUUUCAAGGACAGCUGUGAUGAGGAAGUGACAGAUAACUACACAAAACCAUCAUGUAAUAUAAUAUAUCCGUUCAGUUUUUCCUCUGAGCACCAAUAGUGCAUGAGUAGAUUCUAUACGCGUAUUCUGAAUCACCCAUCGUGUGACGUUCCAUUCACUUCAGCGCCAGUCGCGCAUGGUGAUCGUGACCGAGUUUUUUUAGUGUGCAUAAUUUGUUUUGUUUUGUUUUUUGUCGGAGAGGAAAUGUCGUCUCCGACGCGAAUCGAUGCACACAGACUUCAUUGAGGAUUUUUCGUGCUCUAUACCAACAGCUCAAGGAUAAUAUUAUAGAAGCCGAAGAGGACAUGUUUCACAUUGCGAAUUCAGACCAGACAGUGAUGCACACCCCCUAAACCUGGAACAUUAGUGUACCGUACCUGUGGGGAGCAGUGUGACCCCCCGUCACCGAGACAGCUGGGAGACAAACCUAGCAGUGUGAUCCCCCGUCACCGAGACAGCUGGGAGACAAACCUAGCAGUGUGACCCCCCGUCACCGAGACAGCUGACUGGGAGACAAGCCUCGCUGUGUUGUGUACCGCUGGUUGUUGUUUACCACUCGUUUGGCGACCCCAGGUUGCCACGAACUCUGCAAUCAUUCACAAGAAGCAGAAGCAAAGACACAAGAGAGUGAGAGGGAGAGAGGCGCUGUACUCAUCAUAAAAAAGCCAGAAAACGAUUUCCAGUAGUGACCGCAAACAACCCUAAAUAGUGAGAAAAUGGAGCGUGAAGAAAGAAACAGUGACAGAGAUACACCAGUCCCAAGUUCCGAUGGGACAAGACGCCCUCUUUCAAAGACAGAUUCCCCAGAAAUGUUGGAUAAUAUCCAGAUUUCUUAUCAGGAUCAGGACGAAGCUUCUACUGCCACUCUCAGAGAUUUUCUACCCCAAGAUGAAGGACAUGGGGAAAAGCGCGCAGAAGAAAGAGCAGGAAGCCCCAACUCGACUGUACGUGAGCCAGGACACGCCGACAGCAUGAUGCCACAAACGUCUCCAGAUGGAAAAUUCCCAAAAGACCUUUCCGAUACUUCUCAAACUUCGAUCCCAAACGCCACAUCUACGUCGGGCCAGAACGACGAGUCGCACACCUUCCCGUUCUCCACGACUCGCGCGUGGCUCACCCUCGGAACCGUCCUUGUGCUCAACAUCAUCACAUUUAUCUCGCUUAGUUCAAUUUGCACUCAGUAUUUUUCCUAUCGUAUCGCGAGGGACAGCUACAACACCAGCCUGAACUCUUCAUCAGAACAGGGCAGCAGCUGCAGCAAUGCCACCGAGGAAGUGGAAGGGAUACAAAACGAGGUUCAGAAAGAGGCGGCGAAGAUCAGUUUGUAUUCUUCGCUGGCGUCUGGUAUCCCUGCCGUCGUCACAAACGCCCUGCUGGGCUCGUACUCAGACUACGUUGGCAGAAAGCCUAUCAUUGCAGCCGCUGUAACAGGCACCCUGACCCGUGUGGUGUUCCUUGUCCUGAUCAUGAUCUUGGAGCUGGACCUCCGCCUGUACUACAUCGGCUCUGCGAUCGACGGCUUGUUGGGAUCCUUCUACUCCCUGACCCUCUCGGUCAACUGUGUGGUCGCUGACGUCACACCCGAUGCGUUAAGCAGGGCUGUCCGUUUCGCUGCCAUCGAGGGGGUGACUUAUAUCCUAAGCUCUGGUGCUCAGGUGGGUAUCGGCUACAUGAUAGACGACCUGGGCUACAUGGCGCCCACAGCGUUGUGCGGUGGUUUCAUGGUGGUUGCACUGGUGGUGGCAAUCUGUAUAUUCCCAGAAACCAUGCAAACCCGACGGAAAGUUGUCAUCAACCCCGUGUUACACAUCAAGAAGGUGUUCAGUUUCUACACCAGCGGCUCUUCCAAACGCCGGCUCCAGUGCUGGUUGGGUCUGAUACUUUUCUUCACGCUGAUGCUCUCGAACCUCGGGAGAGUUCCCGUGGAGAUUUUGUUUGUGAUGAACUCGCCUAUAUGUUGGGGUUCUGUGGAAAUCGGGAUCUUCAACGCCCUACGCUUGCUGGCAAUGGCGGCUGUGGCAGUGGUGUUGCUGAAAGUGCUCAAACAUCGUCUGUCCCUGGAAACCAUCGGCGUUAUCUGUAGCGUGAGCGCCAUUCUGGGUUUUGUGGCUGAGGGAUUUUCUACGGACACACUCUCCCUGUACUUGUCUGGCCUCAUCGGGAUCUUAUACAUGACACUCCUCCCUGUUCCCAGAGCUCUUCUCUCAAAGAUAGCCUCCCCACAGGAGCAAGGGGCGCUGUUCUCCAGCCUGUCCACACUGGACGCCAUAGCCAGCCUGGUGUCUUCCACACUCUACACGCUCAUCUACAACGCCACCGUCGACUCAUUUAGGGGAUCUGUGUUCAUGCUAAUGGCCGCUCUCUGCUUCUUAGACGGCUGCAUACUUUUGGCAUUCCGUAUGGUGCGCAGAUCUGACACAUCGUCCACUGAGUACGAAGUGAGACCAGGAGGGGAAGAGGAGGAGAAAGUGGGGACUGCCCAAGUCAGCGCCAAUGAAACAACGCCUUUGUUGAAAGCAGACUGAUGUUCCGGUGUGUUACAAGAGGAUAUUAUUUAUAAACGGAUUGCAUUUUGAAUAUACUUGCAUUGAAUGGACUCUUUCAUAAAACUGCAAGUUCCGUCCCAUAGAUCUCAUUUCAACGAGAAAAGUGUGUAAGUCACGUUGUCUGAAAGUUCAUUUAAAUGAAUAGAACAUAUUCGUUGCUAUGAGUGGUUAAAGAUCCUGUGAUGGUUGCAGUUAUAUUUAAAACUGCAGAUGUUUUAUGUCCCUAUUAAGACAAUAUAGUUCAGAAAGUCGGCGGGCUGCUUCAGCCCAGCUCAUCCCGGUAGAUGGAGAGUAGGAUAAAAAUAAAAUCUCCCCACACGGGAAUGGAACACACGUCUUCUGCCACCACAAGUGGCAUGAACAAUGAUGACUGUAAUAAGUCCGUGUAUUACUGUUAAUAGCGUGGACAGUCGAGGUGUUCUGGAACGGUCUGCUCGACCUUCUAUUUCUGUUCUUGUUUCUGUCAUCAUGCGUUUACUUAAAGAAAUCAAAAAUAUUGUACUCUACAAAAUGGCACUCUUUUACUGUUUAUAUUUUAAAAAGUGUCCUUGCAAAUGCUUGCAUAGUUUUGACAAUUUUGUCGGAUCUACAUAUUCGAGAAUGCAUUUUUUUAUUAUUCAGAUGUCGUCAGCAUCAUUUUACCAUUGCUCACAUUUCUGGAGGUUUCCAGAUGUAAUCCAAUGCCUUAUUCGAAUAGAAAUACUAUACCGUGGGGCAUUUAUAUUUACAACAUAGUUUCGUUUCGUUUCGUAUCGUUUCGUAUUUCCUCCUUAGUUUUAAAAAUCCCAGAAGAUGCUCAAGUCAUGGUACUGAUUGGGGCUGACUUAUUAUCUUUAAUUUUCUCAAAACUUCAGAAAAUGACGUAGGCGUUUGUGAAAUGACUCUGGCGAUAUUCUUAUGUCGAGAGUUCCCAUGAUGUCACGCUUUAGCAGUGAGGGUGAUUUCACCAAAAGGCAUGAUUGUCGACUUUCUGCCAACGCUUGCUGUCUUUUCUUUAAACAAAACGCCCAGAGAUCUCGCAACACAUCGUUGUAUAUCGACAAUACGUGUUUCGUAUUUGUUUUGUUUUUUUCUUUCGUUUCUCUAACCUGUUUGCCCUUCUCUUCAAUCCUCAAACUUUUUAUUCCACACUUCAUGUUUUCCUAGCAUUCUUCUUCCUUAAU